AUGCAUCCCAGCACAAUUGCUGUGGCAUACCAGGUCCCUGGUACUCGAAGUGGCAGUUUUGAUGGUUUCUACCAUUUUGGCAAGUUCGAUACCAGUUUCCCUGGCCAACCAGGGACGUGCAAAAUGUUUGACGGUCUGCGUAGUUGCCAUUUCGAUCUGUACAAGCUCCAAUACCAGACGAGCCUACACCAUAAAAACCGCAAUCUGCAGCCCUCGAGCUUCCAGCUUGGAGAACAAGCCCGAUCACAGAGGGCCCGCAAAGGCUAUGAGUUUGCCAAGAUUAUCAGCACCGAGAAGCGAAUUGCAUUUGUCAGCUUUAGUAUUGCCUGUCAAAUCCCUCUAUCAAACUAA